AGAAAAAUAAAAGGUACAUAGCGUAAAUGCGUUAAAAGUGAGAUAAGAGGGGACGCCGGACUGCGUCGAUCUGCUGGAUAUGCGUAAUGACGUAAAUAAUGCACUUGCCUGACUUUGAUCAAAAGAUAACAUUGUAAAAAUUAAGUGAAAAGAGAAAAUAAAAGAUGAAUCUGAUUGAUUGCAACCCCUACGGAAAUGGGUUGCUGUAUGCGGGAUUCAACCAAGAUCAGGGUUGUUUUGCCUGCGCCACUGACAACGGCUUUCGGGUGUACAAUAGUGACCCACUGAAGGAGAAGGAGAGGCAAAUCUUUCCAGAUGGAGGUGUCGCUUACGUGGAAAUGCUGUUUCGCUGCAACUAUCUGGCCCUAGUUGGUGGCGGAUUGCGACCACUUUAUCCGCCCAACAAAGUGCUCGUAUGGGACGAUCUCAAGAAAGCUCCCGCGAUUUCGCUUGAUUUCAACGCCCCCGUAAAAGGGGUUCGACUGCGACGGGACCGGAUCGUGGUGGUACUUGAAGGAAUUAUCAAAGUGUACGCCUUCACGCAAACGCCCACUCAAUUGCACGUUUUCGAAACCUCCAAAAAUCCACAAGGCCUGUGCGUGCUCUGUCCGAACAGUACCAAAUCGUUGCUCGCUUUUCCCGGCCGGCGUACCGGACACGUGCAGAUCGUCGAUCUAGCCAACACCGAAAAGGCACCGCAUGAGAUCAUCGCUCACGAGACGGCGAUCAGCUGUAUAGCGCUAAAUUUGCAAGGCACCAGGUUGGCUACGGCCAGUGACCGAGGCACAUUGAUCCGAAUAUUCGAUACCACCAGCGGGAACAAAGUGGCAGAGCUGAGGCGCGGAUCGAACCAGGCAAAGAUAUACUGCAUCAACUUUAACCAUCAGUCCACCUCGGUGGUGGUGUCGUCGGAUCACGGCACCAUUCACGUGUUUAAUCUGGAAGAACCGAACAAGGGGCGCGAUGGUAACCAGUCUGGGGGAGGCGUCGGUGGGUCCAGUUUGUUGACUCGCUACUUUACCAGCCAGUGGUCGUUUUGCAAGUUUUCAAUCCCUCAAGGGCCACCGUGCAUCUGUGCUUUCGGGUCUGAAAAUAAUUCGGUGAUCGUGAUAUGUGCGGACGGACACUAUUACAAAUUCGUCUACAACAGCAAAGGCGAAUGCUCGCGUGAAGUAUGCACGCAGUUCCUCGAGAUGUCAGACGAUCAGACGUAAACUUGAGUAAUAUGAGUCGCUGUGCCGGGCAAUCGUAAUCUAAUUUUGAAACACGGGUUUAGAAGCAACAUCUGUAAUGAGGACCGGACAAAAGCAUGGUGUAACAAACGGUUAAGCAACCAUAGCUCUGCAUUAUGAAUAUAUUUGUUAAUAUAUUUGUUCGCAGAUGGCGUGAGAGUAAUGUCUCAGAUUUUCCUAACAAAUGGGGAAAUGAAGACAACUUCAUAAUCGUGUAAUACUAUCGAUAGGCGGGAAGUACAGUGUCCAGGGGGCAAAAUCUCGACUUUCUGCAGAGCUAAUAAAUAGGGCUGAUUAUGUACCGCGGAAACGCUAUACUAAGUAAAUUAAAUACAUUUA